GCGCAUUACUUAUCAACCAAAACGCAGUUACAUUUUUUUUGUUCCAUUUAUAUCUUUCUAGUUAAUAAGUUGUUGAAAUAAACAUUAAUUUAUUUGUGUUAAUUCUGUGGAAUUUCAUUGAACUACCCUUAUUAUCAUAAUCGAAAUAAGGGGAUCGAUCAGUUCGUGGCGUCGAUUAUUUAAUCGUAAUGGGAACUUACAACUCUCGUUGACGUGCUAUCUCGCGAUCGCGUCUCUCCGCGAACGGUCGAAACAAAAUGAUUCACUAAAAACUGUCCUGAAUUCCUAAGAAUUUAUUUACCGAAAAACUGACAAAGUGUUUAUUUAAAAAAUGAGGUUGAAGGUAGUCCUUUUCUUUCAUUUCAUUCAUUUUCAUUUUCUUUCUUAAGUAUGGCUAACACAAUAUCUAAUCAAUUAAAAUUUUAUAUUUUCACGUGAAAAGUUUCUUUAGAUAAUUAUUAUCAACAUGAUGACUCACUCUUACGGAUUAAUACGUGUCUGUAGGGCAAUCCGGUGGACUUGAUCGGCUUUUUACUUCGAAAGUUGAGUAAUCGGUGUCGCUUUCUUACGCAUCUUUGAACUGUAUAAAUGUUUUAAAAUUGUUUGAUCCAGAAUGUACCACACCGGACAAUCAAGAAGGCAGGUGCCUUGACUACAGAAAAUGUAAACCUCUGCAAGAAAUAUGGCAGAUACAGUACCGUACAGCCACCGAUUUUUAUAGACGAUCAGUGUGCAGAUACCAGGGCAAUGUUACGAUCGUUUGCUGUCCGAACGAUCCAAACAAAGAGAAGAGAGAAAUUUUAAUAAAAACUGUGUAUAAGUAUAAGGCUUUGCGACCACCAUACUGUGGUUUUAGCAACGUCUCUCAUACCAGGGUGGUCGAUGGUAAACCAGCUGAACUUGGUACGUUUUAUGUCUUUCUUUCCGAUUAAUAAUAAGCCAUUUACUGCAAAGAAUGAACUUUAAAGGCAUUAAACAGCACAUCAAUGUACAUUUCAAUUAGACUAAAUAAUAAUGCUAUGAUUUUAUCGGUAGUAACUUUACUUAUUAACUUGAAUUAUUUCUUUCUUUUACUUCAUGUUAGGAAGAGUAUCUUUUUGCUUGAAAUAAAAAAUUGAUAUAGGAGUAAUAAUAUGGAUAGAGAUCAAAAACUGUUAGGGCAGAAAUUACACGUUUGAACUUUAUAGUUCAGUAUAGUUCAAAUAGAAAUUAUAUAGAAUUAUUUAAUAAUUUGUAUUCCACUGGAAUAAAAAUUUAAUUUCUGUCUUUAUCAAAUCUCUAUUUCAGAGUAUUUGUACGUAUGUACUUAUCGUCUGCUGUAUGAUCGAAUAUCGAAUAGGCGCUUGGCCAUGGAUCGCUGCAUUAGGUUUUCGUAAUCCCCGAAACCCAGACAAACCACUAUGGAAGUGCGGAGGUUCCCUGAUAUCGGCUAGGCAUGUUUUGACCGCAGCACAUUGUGCACAUAUGGAUGGAAUAGAAAACAUACACAAUCAUAAUAUUGUCAUUCUUAGAUUGGUGGAGGAGGUGCCAUUUUCGAGGUACGUAUAUCCCAUUUGUACGAAAGAGCCCCUACGAAAGAGCAACUUCGUCGGCUAUAACCCCCUUGUUGCUGGAUGGGGAGCAUUAAGAUAUAGACGACCACGACGUAAUGCAUUAAUGGAAGUACAAAUGCCAGUGAUUAAGAACGCCGAAUGCAAAAUAGCUUAUUCCAAAUUUCCUAAUGCACCUGAUAUCACUGAUGGUAUAAUAUGCGCCGAACAUGCUCAGGGUGGAGAGGAUUCUUGUACGGCUGACCGCGGCGGACCACUGCUGAUACAACAUGAAUUAACCUCAUAUUUAAUAGGUAUUGUGUCUUAUGCUUAUAAGUGCGGCACAGCUGGGUAUCCCAGCGUUUACACUAGGGUCACAUCGUACCUUGACUUCAUUCUCCAAGCGAUGCAAUAAUAUGAUAUUACUGUUCCAUAAAUAUCAUUGUGUAAAAAACGUAAAGUUGGAUUUUCUUAUUGUGGAGAUAAGAAACAGCUCAAAUUUACAUUGUUUUGUACGUUACAAAUUAUAGGCUUAAAAUGUACGAAAUGUAACUUUGAAACGACACUAAUUUUUUACGCACGAUAAACCUCCACG